AGUACUGCACCACUUCCCCCGCAACCGUCCUUUCGCAGCGAAGCGAACAACAGCGGCAUGUCGAACCAGGAUGUGGACAGGAAUGAGAAGGAGUGGGGGUCAGGUGGUGGAGGUGCCCCCCAGGAGCCAGAGGGAGGCAGUGGUGGUGGCGGCAGUCAGACCAUCGAGUCUAACUGGGAUGAAGUUGUUGACAACUUUGACAACAUGAAUCUCAAGGAAGACCUGCUGCGUGGGAUCUAUGGCUAUGGCUUUGAAAAGCCCUCUGCCAUCCAGCAGCGCGCGAUCAUUCCGUGCAUUAAGCGGCACGACGUGAUCGCUCAAGCACAAUCUGGCACUGGCAAGACGGCCACAUUCAGUAUCUCCAUUCUGGAACAGAUCGACACCACAAUGCGGGAAACGCAAGCUCUGAUUCUGGCGCCUACCCGUGAGCUGGCUCAGCAGAUCCAGAAAGUGGUGCUUGCACUGGGUGACUACCUGAACGCGAUUUGCCACGCCUGCAUCGGUGGCACCAACGUCCGUGACGACAUGCGCUCGCUGGAGUCCGGCGCGCACGUGGUGGUGGGUACACCCGGUCGCGUCAUGGAUAUGAUCAACCGGCGUGCACUGCGCACAGACUACAUCAAGAUCUUCGUGCUGGACGAAGCUGAUGAAAUGCUGUCGCGCGGUUUCAAGGACCAGAUCUACGACGUGUUCCGCACGCUGCCGUCUGACAUCCAGGUUACGCUGCUGUCGGCCACCAUGCCGGCCGACGUCAUGGACGUGACGUCGCGCUUCAUGCGCAACCCAAUCCGCAUUCUGGUCAAGAAGGAUGAGCUGACCCUCGAGGGUAUCAAGCAGUUCUUCGUCCGCGUGGAGAAGGAGGAGUGGAAGCUGGACACACUAUGCGACCUGUAUGAGACGCUGACCAUCACCCAGGCAGUGAUCUUCUGCAACCUGCGUCGGAAGGUCGAGUGGUUGACGGACAUGAUGCAUCGCCGGGACUUCACCGUCUCCGCCAUGCAUGGUGACAUGGACCAGAAGCAGCGGGAGAUGAUCAUGAAGGAGUUCCGCUCGGGCUCGUCUCGCGUCCUGAUUACCACCGAUCUUCUGGCUCGCGGCAUAGAUGUGCAGCAGGUGUCGCUGGUCAUCAACUACGACCUGCCCACCAACCGGGAAAACUACAUCCACAGGAUCGGACGAAGUGGACGGUUCGGCCGCAAGGGAGUGGCCAUCAACUUUGUGACGGAGGCGGACAGCCGCGCGCUGAAGGACAUAGAAGAUUUUUAUCACACGGAGAUCGAAGAGAUGCCGAACAAUGUCGCCGAUCUGAUUUAGGCGGUCCCGGCCGUCCGUCCUGUCUCGCUGCCCUCGGUGAUUGAAUCGGGUGACCUCGAAGCUGCGACCUGACGAAGGAGUGAAUAAAGCCUGAGUCUCGCCAUUGGGAAGUGAUGAUCAGUUGAAGCGACGGCUGCUGCGGCACGCACGGGACUGGCAUCGCUGUUGACGCGGUGGGUUCCCUGUGGAGUGCGCGCGUCUCGGCCGCCGGGCGUACAUCCGCGAUGUAUUGACCCGGUCGAAGACUGACGGCUUGUGAACUGAUCACCGUGAGUGAUCUCGGUCACGAACUGACUACUGGUGCAUCGCCACAAGUGGACUGAGGGGUGCGCGGCGCUGUGUGAGGUGGGGGCCUGCCUCCGUCCUGCACGGGCCGCAAACCUUAUUUAUAACUUUUUCGAUUUUAUUCUAGAUAAGUAUCAUAGACUAGCGAUUGUACGGCGAAAAGGGUUGGAGGCGCCUGCGUCCUUGGAGGGGUCUUCGCCUCUGCUCGUGCGCACAUGGUGUUUUGUCCUGUCAUGUAUUUCCGUGUUUCCCUUUUGUUGAGUGUACUGGUGGCAGUGGGGCGGGUGGCGAGGUCAGAAUCGGGGCUGGCAGCGCUUAACCUGUGCCUGGCCGAGGACGAGCGUGUGCCCCGGUCCUGGUGCCCCACUAUACUCAUGUUUAGGGGGUACUUUAUCAGGAAAAGGGAAAGAAGAAAACGAUUCCGCGUCUAGGCAUGCUUAAUAAAUUGUGUGGGAAGA